GUUGGUCAACCCAGUUGGACUUCCGCUCUCCGAGUCUCAGCAGAGCCUGCUUCGCUGUCGAGACGACGCGUAUAAAUACCACUAAGAGUGGUUGAACUUCCCGGCUCCAACUACACAAGCGAAACCGAGAGAGCUCUUCGCGUUCGUCGUCAGUCUCUUCUCGCGAAGGAUCGAGAGCCUUCUUUUCCGUCAAUCCAGCCGCUCCGGUCGGAGGUUUCGCCAAUCUCGGUGCCGAUCGCCGGAAAUGGCCGCGAACGGAGACGCGGCGGGGGAGUACGUGCCGAAGAAGAAGAAAGCCCCUUCCGAGGAUGACAAGAGGAGGAAGAAGAUGGCGCCUGGUGACCUGAUGAAAGCUGUGGUGAGACCUGGCGGGGGUGAAUCUACGCCCUCUGAUGGUGAUCAGGUCAUCUAUCAUUGCACCAUUCGAACACUGGAAGGAGUGGUUGUUCAAUCUAGCAAAUCAGAAUUUGGAGGGAAUGGUAUCCCGUUGAGACAUGUUCUGGGAAAAAGCAAGAUGAUAUUGGGAUUGCUAGAAGGAAUCCCUACAAUGUUGAAGGGUGAAGUGGCAAUGUUCAAAAUUAAGCCACAGCUGCACUACGGUGAAGAUGAUUGUCCCAUACAAGUUUCUAGCAACUUCCCAAAGGAUGAUGAACUUCAUUUUGAGAUUGAAAUGAUAGAUUUCUUCAAGGCCAAGGUCAUAACUGAUGACUUGGGGGUUGUGAAGAAGGUGAUUGAUGAAGGCCAAGGUUGGGAAUCACCUAGAGAACCAUAUGAAGUAAAAGCUCGGAUAUCUGCUAAAACAGGUGAUGGAAAACUGAUCCUUUCACAUGAGCAAAAAGAACCAUACUUCUUCACUUUUGGAAAGUCUGAGGUACCAAAAGGCCUUGAGAUGGGUGUAGGAACUAUGGCAAGGGGAGAGAAGGCAGUAAUAUAUGUCACCUCUCAGUACCUGUCUGACUCUCCACUCUUGCAUCUAGAAGAAGGUACUGAAGAAGUUCAUUUUGAAGUAGAACUUGUCCACUUCAUCCAGGUAAGGGACGUGCUUGGAGAUGGACGUCUAAUAAAACGCCGGAUUCGUGAUGGAAGAGGUGAAUUUCCCAUGGAUUGUCCGCUCCAUGACAGCCGACUGCAAGUCCAUUACAAAGGGAUGCUGCUUAAUGAAGAGAAAACAGUUUUUUACGAUACUCGAGUUGAUAAUGAUGGUCAACCUUUGGAGUUCAGCUCUGGAGAAGGCCUUGUGCCUGAAGGAUUUGAAAUGUGUGUCCGCUUGAUGCUUCCUGGAGAGGUUGCUCUGGUCUCAUGUCCCCCUGAUUAUGCCUAUGACAAAUUUCCAAGGCCAGCUAAUGUUCCUGAAGGUGCUCAUGUCAUAUGGGAAAUUGAGCUUCUCGGUUUUGAAAUGCCACAGGACUGGACGGGUUUGAACUUCAGAAGUAUAAUGGAUGAAGCAGAGAAGAUCAGAAGCACGGGGAACAGGCUCUUUAAAGAAGGAAAAUUUGAGCUUGCUAAGGCCAAGUAUGAGAAGGUACUUCGUGAAUUUAAUCAUGUCAACCCCCAAGAUGAUGAGGAAGGGAAGGAGUUUCUGAACACAAGGAAUCUCCUGCAUCUCAAUGUUGCUGCUUGUUAUCUGAAAAUGGGUGAGUCCAGAAAGUCCGUCGAGGCGUGCAACAAGGUCUUGGAUGCAAACCCUGUACACGUCAAGGCUUUAUACCGCCGUGGAAUGGCCUAUAUGUCAGCUGGAGAUUUCGAGGAAGCUAGAGCUGAUUUUAAAGCGAUGACAACUAUCGACAAGUCUUCCGAACCCGAUGCAACUGCAGCUCUUCUGAAGCUGAAACAAAAGGAGCAGGAGGUGGAGAGGAAGGCCCGGAGACAAUUCAAAGGGCUCUUCGAUAAGAAGCCAGGAGAGAUUGCCGAUGCCAGAACUGAAGGUACAGAAGAACACGACGGCAUUGUCGAAGCUCAGACGAGUGAUGGCGAGGUAGAACCAGGUGCAGAGAGCGCACGGGAGAUGCACGAAUCUGAAGAUGCACCCCCUCGAAUGGGCUGGUUUUCCCACUUCUGGCCCACCGGUGGAAGGUUAUUUACUGCCCUCGGCUUAGAAAGAUGCUCCAUACUGUAAGUUCCGUCAGAAUUCAGAACCCUAUAUAGUAUAGUGUCCCUACCCUCACCCCUUGAAUGCGGGGACAAGUUCCAGUUUUCAAUCAACCUCGAGGGAAUAUCUCGCGUCAGACUUGAUCACGGGGGAACGGUGCUUAUAAUCAUGCUACUGCAUGUUUCCUUGAAUUGUUGCUAUAAUCUGGGAGACUGCGACGGACUAGGAAAAUGAGCAGAUUAUUUUAUUUAUUUGUUUGGAAAA